AUGGCCGCGAACACCACCAAGCUGGCCGCCGUGGCUGACGCCGAGAACCCGGCUGUUGUGUGCGGCGACGUCGACCACUUCGAGUCGUCCUUCGACUUGGCUGGGCGCGCCAAUUGGCUCCGCGCGGCGGUGCUGGGCGCCAACGACGGGCUGGUCUCCACGGCCUCCCUCAUGCUCGGCGUCAGCGCCGUCAAGCCCGACGCGCGCGCCAUGGUCGUGUCCGGGUUCGCGGGCCUCCUGGCCGGGGCGUGCAGCAUGGCCAUCGGGGAGUACGUGUCCGUCUGUUCCCAGCGUGACGUGGAGAUCGCGCAGCUGGACCGCGAUGGCAAGCGCGGCGGCGACGAGGAGAAGGGGCUGCCCAGCCCGGCGCAAGCCGCGGCCGCCUCUGCGCUAGCUUUCUCCGUCGGGGCAUGGCGGCCCUAG